AUGGAAACAGAUUACUUCCAGCCUGUCCUUGGUGCCGCUAUUAAUCCCAACGUCCGCUGCCUAGUUGGCCUCUAUGGCUCUCAACGAGAUGAUGGACUCGACGACGCAUUCAGUGCUAUUCUUGAGGAUGAUACGGCUGAUGAACCGGACCUCCUCAGCUAUGUUUUAAAUGUGGACGACACUGAUCGUGUCCGGUUUCUCAUCGGUUCCCAAUCUCUACGACCCAACGGCAGUCAGAUUACCCUGGUGACCUUGUUUGAGCCGGAUGACUCGCGACCGGUUCAUUUGGUCAAACAAACUUUCUCUCACCCCGAUGGGGAAGUAAUCGGGCUCACUGCCAUUGCUGCGCAACCCAAUUGGUUCGUGUCGACCUAUUCUACCUACUCUACCGAGCGUCCGGAACUCCGAACUGGUGCACGUAUCUGGCGCUUGCCCGGACUUACUGACGACGGGAAUCCAUCCGACCACGAGACAUUCGUUGAGCUAACCGAGUCCCCAUCCAACGGCUUAGAAUAUGUGACGACGUUACCUCUUGACAAAUAUUCCGGAAUUCGAAAAAUCGUGGCGCAUCCAUCCGGGAAAUGUGCAGAUCUGGCUUGCAUUGUGGGCCCACCCACGGACUCCAUUGAGUGA